AUGAGUUUUGACACAGCCAAAUCCAAACUGUCACAGAAUAAUUUCACCCUGGGUUACAAGACCACAGACUUCCAGCUGCACAUUCAUGUGAAUGAUGGCACUAAGAUUGGAGGGUCGAUCUACCAAAAGGUGAAUGAGAAGACUGAAGUGUCAAUAAACCUUGUGUGGACAGCCAGCAGUAGCAACACCCGCUUCAGCAUUGCUGCUAAGUACAAGCUGGACUGUAGAACUUCUCUCUCUGCUAAAGUAAACAAUGUCAGCCUGAUUGAACUGGGUUACACUCAGACCCUUCGACCAGGACUGAAACUGAUCCUGUCAGCUCUAAUCGAUGGAAAGAAAUUCAAUGCAGGAGGGCACAAGGUUGGGCUGGGAUUUGAACUAGAAGCUUAA